CGCUGGUGGUUAAAGUAUGUUAAAAGUGAUUUACAUCCUCACGAUCGUCGGUUGUUUACACACACCAUUGACUUUUGGGCGCGAGCAGCCACGGCAGGACCACGCGGACCAGCAGGACAUUUCCAAUGGACUGACAUUUACACCAACCGGUGCGUCCGGUUCGGUGCGCACGUCGGGCGGCAAAUCAAAUAUGCGAUUCAACCGACGGAAGAAAACGGAAAAACUGCACGACAGCGCCCUGCUCUACCGCGACGAGGAGGAAACGAUCGAGGCGGGCGUGUGUCAGGUGUACACGGGGGCGACAUGCGAGCACUACCUCCGCAAUCAGACCGUCUUCGUGACGCCGGACAUCACGAUCGAGAUACUGGAGGAACGGCUAAAGGCCGCGUACGGUGUGAUCCGCGAGUCGAAGGACAUGAACGCCAACUGCCGAGUGUACGCGCUGCCGAGUCUGUGCUACAGCAUACUGCCAUUGUGCCGUACGCCCGAGCUCACCAACCACCAGUACUUCGCUAACAAGGCGGCGGCCGAAGCGGCUCGCCGGGCUGCCCUGAGCAACGGUGGCGACAGUGGAGGAAGCGGUGGCCGAGGUGGUGGAAAGCUCAAAUCGCACGAGAAAAAGAACAAACGCAAGCAGAUGGCUGGACUGGAAGCGUCUAUGGGUACCUUUCCGGCAACGAUCCCGGCUCCUCUGGUUCCGGAAUAUGGACCAUUUAGAACCUCGACCAGUGUCCCAAUCAUGACCACUACCGACCGGCUGCGGGUGUACUUCAGUGGAGGCGUCACGCCCGACCUCGGUGGUCGGUUCUUCGAUGGAGAAAUGGUGACGGAACACUCGCCGCCUCGCUACGGUAGCGACCAUCGUCGAGGGCGACGUGGGGCACCGGACACGAACAUGGCAAGCUACCACCGCUACAUUCAACAGCCGGACGACAUUUCGGUGCUUUCGUACACUUCGUCGGCCGGACCGAAGAAGGCUUAUCCGCCGACACGGAACACCGAGAACUUGCGGCGCAUCUGUCGGAACGACUGCGAACUGCUGGAGAACGAACUCUGCCAGAAGGAGUACGCGAUCGCAAAGCGUCACCCGACCAUCGGCCAGAAGCUGCCGCUGGAGGAGUGCGACGAUCUGCCACUGCAGAAGAGCGUCGAUGGGACGAUCCUGAACGGGAUUGGAGGCCUUGGUAGCUCCGGGGAUCAGGAGUGUAUGCGAUUGGGUAUCGAUCUCGAUAUCAAACCGGAUGAUGAUUGCUACUGGGAGAAUGGGGCCAGCUACCGGGGCAUCAUGGACCGGACAGCGUCGUCGAAGAUCUGCAUGCGUUGGUCGAAGCUGAUGCACACGAUGUCCGAGUUUCCACAUCUCGCCGGUCACAACUACUGUCGAAACCCACCAAAUGCUGGCCCAAUGGACGCCCCCUGGUGCUACGUCGACAUGCAGAAGACCAUCGAGUACUGUGACAUCCCGAAGUGUUCCGAGCGGAUGUGGAUGUACAUCAUAAUCGGUUUCAUUGCGGUCAUUUCGCCACUGUUCAUUGGUAUUGCCGUGUUUUGCUGCCGAAAGUAUCGCAAGCAUGGAGUGUCCAAUAUCCAGAAUAUAAACCUACCAAACGCGGAUAAGAACAUCUACGGGAAUUCACGGCUCAACUCACCCAUCGAAAUGACCUCCCUGAUAGCGAACCAAUCGUCUACCGGUGCGGCCAGUCGGAACGCGGAAAACGGUGGCAUUCAGGGGUUGAUCACCGGCCAGCAGGGUGGCAACCAGGGCCAGUCGUCGCAGUCGCGCAACAAUGGCAUCGCACGCGUCCCUCAGUACACCCUGCAGGACGUGCGGUUCGUCGAGGAGCUGGGCGAAGGAGCGUUCGGGAAGGUGUACAAGGGUGAGCUGACGCAGAAGAGCGGUGAGAAGAUUUUCGUCGCCGUGAAGGCACUGAAGGAGAAUGCCAGCGCGAAAACGCAGGCCGAUUUCAAGCGUGAAAUCGAACUGAUCUCCGAUCUGAAGCAUGACAACAUCGUGUGCAUUCUGGGAGUCGUGCUGAAGGAGGAACCACUGUGCAUGCUGUUUGAGUAUAUGGCGCAGGGUGACCUGCACGAGUUCCUGAUAGCCAACUCGCCGAACGAGGGCAAAUCGCUCAGUCAGCUGCAGUUCCUGCUGAUCGCGCAGCAGAUAUGCGACGGAAUGGAAUACUUAGCCAGCCACCACUACGUCCACCGAGAUUUGGCCGCCCGAAACUGCCUGGUGGGCGAAAAUCUGACGGUGAAAAUCUCCGACUUUGGUCUAUCGCGGGAUAUCUACAGCUCGGACUACUAUCGUGUCCAAUCGAAGUCGCUUCUACCCGUUCGCUGGAUGCCAUCGGAGUCGAUACUGUACGGGAAGUUUACGACCGAAAGCGACGUUUGGUCGUUCGGAGUGGUUCUUUGGGAGAUCUAUAGCUAUGGACUGCAGCCGUACUACGGAUACAGCAACCAGGAGGUGAUCAACAUGGUCCGUGCCCGACAGUUGCUACCCUGCCCAGAGUCCUGUCCGAGUGCAGUCUACUCGCUGAUGGUGGAGUGCUGGCACGAGCAGGCGGUACGGCGGCCCACUUUCCCGGAGAUCGGACACCGGUUAAAGAUAUGGUAUCAAGCGCAGAAGAGAAGCGAACAAAACGAACAAGCUGGUUUCAAUCGUAAAGGCUCGAUGUUGAGCGUAAACACGCAGAGGAUGUCAUCGCAGGGAAAUCUCAACAUGGCCACACCGUCGUCCUCCUCAAGCCACCAUUCGCUCAGCCGGGAACGAAACGGGGAACCAUCAUCCCAGCACCAACAGCAGCAACAACAACCGUUGCUACAGUCAACAUCAUCGCAGCCGCGAAAGCAUCACCAUCAUCAUUCGCUGGAGCGUGAAAAAAUCCUCCGAACCAACCAGUUGCAGCAACAGCAGCAACAUAUGCAACAGACGUCCCAGGUGCCGCACCAUCCGGCUGCGGCAAGGCAACAUCACCAGCACCAUCAGCAUCACCAUUCGCUGGAUCGGAGCAACAGUGGGGGCACUGGAGGGGCCGGCCAUCGGCUCGAUGACCCCAACGCACCGGGAAUGUCCAGCGAUCAGUUCGAGACGCAGAGCAAUCGCAGCUUCUACCAUAACGCUAGCGCAAGCCGAAGCAACAAGAGCAUACACUCCAUGCAGGAGCAGCAACAACAGCAUCAGCAGCAGCUCCACCACUCGCACCACCACCCACAGCAACCCCCGCCACAGCAAAUGAUGGGUGGUGGGCACCCUCAGGGAUACAAAAACUUUAGCCUGCCACGCAAAAGCAUCGACAGUGGACUCGAGUACGGGAUGGAUGGGAUGGGAACGAUGGACCUGCCGGGAGGACUAGCCACAAGCAGUCCCGGUUAUCCUGCUGGUGCUGGUGGUGGUGGUGGUGGUCGAGAACUGAAAGCCGCCCAUCGACCGCCGAAAGAUCCCCAUCGGCAUCAUCACCAUCAUCACCAUCACGGUUCCGGACGGAGCAGAACCCGAAUCGAUGCGGCGAUCGGUGGUGUCGGAAGUUCCAUCUCGUCGCUCCCCGGCAGCGAUUCACCGAUCGGCCUCGGACCAACGGAUGGGAUCGAUCGGCAAACGCAACUGAUACCAAAGAACAGCACCCAGUCGCUGGCGGCCGGCGGAAAUCCGGCCCCUAUCGGACGCAAGCAGAGCCACAGCGGUAGCAUCCUCAGCGUGGCCAGCAAUGCCAGCGAGCAGUGUGGCGUGAACGGUAGUUCCUCCUUUCAGCCCGGUUUCAGCUCACCGUCGCCGACGGUGCAGUCGGUUGGCAACGGGAUAACAGGGACCGGCGGCCGGGAUCCGGCAUCGCCUGCCCUCAUGCAGACGUCCUACCACGAAGGAUAGAGCGCACCCAGUGGUGGCACCGCGUGUUUCCCUUAUGCAGACACACAUUUCUUUCAUCAUCAACUAGCGUAGUUAAGAUUUUAAGACGGUUCCCUCCCCCCAUUCCUUCGUUCCUCUUUUUGUGGGAAUACUUGGGAGAUGGAAGGUGGAAAAAGCUGGCGUUACAUUCAUAUUUAUUUAUCUUUUGUUUUGACUCCCUCCAAUCAACAAUAUGGACGCACUGAAUUCAGCCAUAGUAUGAUCUCAUUUUGGGACUGGACUAGAUUAUAGAACAUACACAAUAACAGCAGGGUUGUUAUUUUCUUCUCGGCCAUCUUUUACACGUUUUUUUUUCUUUCGAUUUGUUCCAUCCAUGUUCCAUUUACCAUCUCGCACACAUCUUCCGGGAGGUCCAUGCGAGGGUCCUCGUGCUCAACCACUUUUCUACAUUAUUUAUUACAUAUACUUUCUGUACUGAAACUUUUAAGUAUUAAGUAGCUUUUGCUACAACCAAAUAACAGUUUAGUGUCUCACCUUUAGAACUGAUUAUAGAUAAAUUAAUUCGUCGUUUUAGGGGAAAGAAUGGGCACACCAUUAGGGACCCACGGGAAGAAGAAGAAGGUUCUUAGAUGAAGUGAAGGAAAAGUAGUGGAAGUUAUUUAGAGGAAGAUUAAAAAAGGCCAUUCGAUUCCAAAGCGUCGAUCUUGAUUGAUUUCUCCACUAAUUUACGAAUACAUUUUGAUUGGUUUGUAAUGCAAUGUAUGUUUUUGCCUUCCAGACAUGAAGAAAAACCAAUGCGGCAGCUGCGAGAGUUUCGUGGUAGUAUGGCAUUUUUUAACGUAUACACUUUAUCCGAGAAUUUUACAAGUGACUCCUACGUUUGAAAUGGCGGUUCGGGAAAUCGUUCAAAAAUCAGGCCAAACACGACGGUCAUCGAGAAUUCCGUGCCACUGCUGUCCCUUUCGAGGGAAGGCAGCAAAAUUGGUUUAUGUAAAGUACCCUCGAAAGACGAUGCGAAUGUAUGAAAAUAUCGACCGAGGUUUUAGAGGUAGCAAACGGAGAUUGGGAGGUGGCAGAAAACCGAUUCAGAUAUCAAGAUAUGUUUAAUGUUUAAGACAGCCGCAAAGUGCGCAACUUUAGCAACCGAGAAACGAUUGGCGGACCGGUAACACGAACCGACUAGCUUCGCUGGUUUUUCUUUUCAUUAAGUUCCUGUUUACUUUGGUGGGGAAAAAGGUUGAAAUAUCGACUGCAGUUUGUGCGAUUUUUAUGAAAUAAACAAAACGGUGUAAUAUUAGUAAGAAAGAAUGUAUGACAACUUUUUGCAUGUGAAAAAUAAACUCAACGGCAACAAACCAAAAAAGGGAGAAUGUGCGGAUGGAAU